AUGGCUGAAUGGGCAGAAUGUAACGCUUGCUCGACGACAGCAGAACCAGGCAGUCGUGGAACCGUUGAAGUUGAGGUAGUAGUGACCACUGGAGCUUCAAUAACCUCACCGGAUAGCUCUGGUUGCGAGAGUGGUGUUAGGCGGCGAGUUACUUCUGCUGUUACGGUCGACACAAUUUGCUCGAGUAGCGCAGGCGAAAUGGCUGAACUUGGUCCCGUUGAUGUUGUAGCAAAAUUGACUGGAGCCACUGCGGGCAGUGUGGUUGUCAACGACAACUGA